CGUGCUCUUCGACGCGGCCCGGUCCCCGGGAACCCGCCCGGGGCUCAGAACCCGGGCCGCGGGGCGGGGAGCAGGCCCCGGAGGAGAGCGGCCGACUGUCCCGCUCGCCGGAGGGGCUUCCCGGGGCCUGGGCGCUGACCUGGGCCCUGCCUGCGCCCCCAGGACCGAGGCCUGCGGCUCCCCGCGAGGUGCGCCUGGACGCGUCUCCCUCGUCCCCGUCCGCGUCCUCGCUCGGCUCUGACGGCGGCCUGCGCCCAGGAUGCCCGAGGGCCCCGAGCUGCACCUGGCCAGCCGCUUUGUGAACGCGGCGUGCGCGGGCCUGGUGUUCGGCGGCGCCGUGGAGACGUCGCGCUGCAGCCGCGGCCCCGCGGUGCCCUUCGAGAGCAGCGCCUACCGCAUCUCGGCCUCGGCGCGCGGCAAGGAGCUGCGCCUGGCGCUGCGCCCCCUGCCCGGGGCCCAGCCCGCGCGGGAGCCGCUGGCCCUGGUCUUCCGAUUCGGCAUGACGGGUUCCUUCCGCCUGGCGCCCGGGGACGAGCUGCCCGCCCACGCGCACCUGCGCUUCUACACGGCGCCGCCGGGCCCGCGGCUCGCGCUCUGCUUCGUGGACGCCCGCCGCUUCGGCCGCUGGCACCUCGGGGGCGAGUGGCAGCCAGGCCGCGGGCCCUGCGUCUUGCUGGAGUACGAGCGGUUCAGGGAGAACGUGUUACGAAACCUGGCGGACAAGGCCUUUGAGCAGCCCAUCUGCGAGGCCCUCCUGGACCAGAGGUUCUUCAAUGGCAUCGGCAACUACCUCCGGGCGGAGAUCCUGCACCGCCUGGGGAUACCCCCGUUCGAGAAGGCCCGCACGGUGCUGGAGGCGCUGCGGCAGCGCAGGCCGAGCCCGGAGCAGACCCUGAGCCAGAAGAUCAGGGCUAAGCUGCAGAGCCCGGACCUGUUGGAACUAUGUCACUCGGUGCCCAAGGAAGUGGUCCAGCUGGGGGGCAAAGGGUACGGGCCCGAGAGUGGAGAGGAGGACUUUGCUGCCUUUCGAGCAUGGCUGCGGUGCUACGGCGUGCCGGGCAUGAGCUCUCUGCGGGACCGGCGAGGCCGGACCAUCUGGUUCCAGGGGGAUCCUGGGCCCCUGGCACCCAAAGGAGGAAAGUCCCGCAAGAAGAAAUCCAAGGGAGCGCAGCAGGGGCCGGAGCACAGGACGGAGGACCCUCUCCUUCCAAGCGCGGCCCAUUCCAGGUCACGUGGGGCACAGAGAGGCCCUCCUGAGCAAGGUACAGCCCAGCAGCCAGAGGGGACCAGCCUCCAGCAGGACCCAGAAGUGCCCCCAGCCCCCGUGAAGGGGAGGAGGAGGAGGCAACCAGCAGCCUCGGGCCACCAAAGACCUCAAAGGAUCAAGGCUGACACCCCGUCCUUGGAGAAGGAGGGGAUGUCAGCCUCUUAGCAGGAGGGCCUCCCCGCUGGCGUCCACCUCCUGCCCCUGCAGAGCCCAGGGGCCCGGGUAGCUGGCUGCAAGCAGGCCCUAGCUGCUGGGGGCUGGGGGCCCCUGGCCGUGUAGCUCUUCCCUGCCCCGCUAUGAUGUUUUUGAGUAUACCCCCACCUUCUCCAUUUUUUAAGCCCAUACAAAAGAUGCUGUGAUUUUUUUUUAUAAACGAAUAAACUUGAAUUUCUUGGUGGCA